UGCAUACACAUAAUUACAAAAAAAGAAGACAGUAAAUGAGAAUCUUGAAGAGGAAAAAUGGCGAUGGAGCUGCUUUUGUACUUUCAUCUCAUGGUUUUGUGGUUUGCAAGUUUCUUCUACGUUAAAUAGCACAAAAAGCCGACUCAAAUCCAUUUCGAAUAUUUCCCAACAAAGUUCCAAACAGAUCAUACCCAUUCACUACUCUCAACUAGCUCCACAACAAAAUUCCACUCAAUCCCUCCAAAUUUCUUCCCCUUUUUUUCUCCUCUCCUUUCCAUUUCUCUGUUUCUUCUCUUCAAAAAUCCCCCUACCCUUCUCUCAAAUUUCUUAUUUUCAGCCCAUCUUUUCUUGCUUUGGUUUUGGACAAAUGGACAACACUCAGCGGAUUGAGCAGCUGAGAAGAUUAGUGGAGAAAAAUGGGAUUUCUACAGAAAAGUAUGGUGAUCCGAUGAUGAUGAGGUUUUUGAUUGCGAGGUCGAUGGAUGUUGAUAAAGCCGCUAAGAUGUUUGUGCAAUGGCAGAAAUGGAGAGAUACGAUGGUUCCGAAUGGGCAAAUCGAUGAAUCUGAGAUUGAGGAUGAAUUAGGAACAAGGAAGAUGUUUUUGCAGGGUUUAUCCAAGAAUGGGCACGCUGUGUUGUUCUUGAAAGGGAGCAAACAUUUUCCUGCUAAGGAUCAAGUUCAAUUCAAGAAGUAUGUGGUUUAUUCCUUGGACAAGACAAUUUCAAGGUGCCCCUCGAUCUGUACUAACUUCAUUGCUUUUAAGGGAAGAGAAAUUGGGAAUGAGAAGCUGAUUGGCAUUCUUGAUCUGCAGCAAAUUUCAUACAAGAACAUUGAUCCCCGUGGAUUGAUAACUGGCUUUCAGUUAUUGCAGGCUUAUUAUCCUGAACGUCUGGCAAAGUGCUACAUCCUAAACAUGCCACGGUUUUUUGUCAGUGUGUGGAGGAUGGUCUCUCGGUUCCUUGAGAAGGCAACGCUCGAAAAGGUAGUGAUAGUGACCAACGAAGAAGAGAGGAGAGGUGUGGUAGAGGAAGUUGGAGAGGAUGUAUUGCCAGUUGAAUUUGGUGGAAAGGCAAAGCUUAUUGCUAUUCAAGAUGUUGUUCUUCCUCAAUUGGCUGCUUGAAUGUUAACAAAUUGGAUGGGGUGUCUAUAUAUAUAUAUAUAUGUAUGUAUUUGUAAUAAAUGUAAUUUUUAAUUGAAAUUGUUGUAUAAGCUAAUUGAAUACAUGAACUUAGCAUAGCUUUUAGUAAUAAUAUAACAUGAAAUUCAAAGAAAAUUGGAAAGAGAAGGGAAUUUUAUAAUAUCUCAGUGAAUUUUUCUCUA